GGAAGGGAGCGCUGGAGGAGCGCCGCGGCGGCCGCAGCGCGCCCGCCCGCCCCGGCUGCCGCCCGCAGAAGAUGCACUUCAGCACUGUCACCAGGGACAUGGAAGCUUUCACGGCCAACAGCCUGAGCAGCCUGAACGCCUCCGGGGGGUACCACCUCUCCCCCUCCCCGGGGGACCCGUACGGACAGCAUGCGCCGCACUACGAGCCCUGCACGGCUCAGCAGCACCCCGCACGCCCGCCCCAGCCCCAGCACGGCUAUCCUUUCGCGGCGGGCGGCGGCCGGGACCAACCCGCCGCCCCCAGGCCCGAGCAGCCCGAGGGCGCCGGGGGAGCCGCCGCGGGGCCGGCCGCCGCGCCGGUGAAGAAGAACCCGAAGGUGGCCAACGUGAGCGUCCAGCUGGAGAUGAAGGCGCUGUGGGACGAGUUCAACCCUGGCACCGAGAUGAUCGUCACCAAGGCAGGCAGGCGCAUGUUCCCCACCUUCCAGGUGAAGAUAUUCGGCAUGGACCCUAUGGCUGACUACAUGCUUCUCAUGGACUUCGUCCCCGUAGACGACAAACGAUACCGGUACGCCUUCCACAGCUCCUCCUGGCUGGUGGCCGGCAAAGCCGACCCCGCCACCCCCGGGAGGGUCCAUUACCACCCGGACUCCCCGGCCAAAGGGGCACAGUGGAUGAAGCAGAUCGUUUCCUUCGAUAAGCUCAAACUGACCAACAAUUUGCUGGAUGACAACGGGCAUAUCAUUUUGAACUCCAUGCACAGAUACCAGCCGCGUUUUCACGUGGUCUACGUGGAUCCCCGGAAAGACAGCGAGAAAUACGCGGAGGAGAACUUCAAAACCUUCGUCUUCGAGGAGACACGUUUCACAGCCGUGACCGCCUACCAGAACCACAGGAUCACACAGCUGAAGAUCGCCAGCAACCCUUUUGCCAAGGGAUUCAGAGACUGUGACCCUGAGGACUGGCCCAGGAACCACAGGCCAGGGGCUCUUCCUCUCAUGAGUGCUUUUGCCAGAUCCCGGAAUCCAGUCUCUUCCCCGGCCCACCAGAAUGGGACAGAGAAAGAUGCUGCCGAGAGCCGGCGGGACUUCGAGCGGGAGGCGGGCGGGACGGGGCUGCACCAGGCGGAGGCCGCGCACCAGCAGCUCAUGUCCCGCGUGCUCAGCCCCGCGCUGCCCGGCGGCCCCGGCGGGCUGGUGCCGCUGUCCGGGCCGGGGGGCGGCCGGCCGAGCCCCCCGCACCACGAACUGCGCCUGGAGCCCGCCGCGUCCGAGCCGCUGCACCACCACCCCUACAAGUACCCGCCGGCCGCCUACGACCACUACCUGGGCGCCAAGAGCCGGCCCGCGCCCUACCCCCUGCCCAGCAUCCGCGGGCACGGCUACCACCACCACCACCACCACCACAUGAACGCGGCGGCCGCGGCCGCGGCGGCUGCCAACAUGUACUCGCCGGCCGGGGCGCCCGCGGGCUACGAGUACGGACCGCGGUAACGGGGCCGCGGGCCCGGCGGCACCACGGACACCGCCCGCCCGCCGCCCUCGCCUCCCGCCCCUCCAGCGACCCGAUAGGCCGGCGCCACGUGAUCGACAGCUGCAGCGACCAAUCAGCGGCAGCCGGGCCCACGCGGGCCGUGAGGGGCCGGGGCCGCCAUCGCGGACAGAGCCGUGAGGGCGGCGGUGCCGUCGCGCGGUGACCCGCCCGUCGGGGACCGUGAGGGCGGCGGUGCCGGGGCCGCCAUCGCGGAGAGACCGCGGCUGCACUUUGAUAAAUGAAGCCAUAUGUCCUUAUCUCCCGGCGCCUCCGCCCGCGCCGGGCACCCGGGCCGGG